AUGUCUUCCGAGCUAGUAACGAUUGUGGGGUUUGGCUCUUUGCUGAGCAAGCGAAGUGCGCUACUCACAACACCAAGUAUCCAGGGCUACCAGUACGUCCGGGUCAAGGGCUAUCAGCGGCAGUUCGCACACCCCGCACCCAUCUUCUUCGAGCGAGGCGAGUACCCUGGUAUCGCCAAGCCAGAGACAAAGGAGAUCGCUUCCUUGUCGACGGCGCCGAAUCCCGCGAGCUCCUUCGUCGCCUGCGCAUACCAGAUCCCAAAGGCUGAGUGGGAGCCUCUGGCAAAGCGCGAGGAGGAGUUUGAGUUCAUCGAGGCAACCUUUGAACCCCUGGAGGAGGGAGCACCGAGCUUGGGCACGAACGUGGGCCUCAUGUGCACACGAUCUAGCGAUGAGAAGCUUCAAGAAGCACCGAUCUGGGAACGCUAUGAGAAGUGCCUGAAGCGAGCCUACGGCGAGGUCAAAGUGUGGAGCUGGACCCCAGACUCCGGAAUCCGCCCUUGCCCUGUGUACUGCCGACAUUGCGUGCUGGCUACACAGAGGGAAGGCGUGCCUGACUACGUUGCCAACAGCUUUCUGGACGAAACCUUUCUUGUGGAUGGGAAAACGACGCUGCGAACCUACCUUGCCGAGAACCCCCACGUGAUGCUGAGUGAGCCCCCCGAGGAGUUUCGGGAGCGAUACUGCGGCUGA